UAUUUGCAGUUUUUAGAACAAACUUUUGAGAUUCUAAAGUAGCUGACUGUUAGCAACUUAAAGUUAGUCACACAAAGUAUAUUGUAACUAAUAGAUGUGUGGUGCGCGUUGGGUGAAAAAUAAAAAUUAAUAAUUCGUUAAAUAAACAAAAAAAAAAUCAAAAUAUUUACAAGAAAUCAAAUAAAAAGUGGUUUAAAAAUUGUUAAAAAUUACCAAAAUUGGAGAAAAAUAAAAUUUGUGAUUUUUUGAAAAACAUACAUAAAAAUAAGAUAAAACGUAAAAAACAUCGUUAUUAAAAAAAGUGUAAAGAAUAAUCGAGAAUUUAAACAAAAAUACUUUUUGUGGUCAUUUUUUAAGGAAUCUUGUUUAUUGGUGAAAUUUUUUUGUUCGGUUUUUGGUCAUUGCCAUUGUGUCAUUGCAAUCCAGAUAUAGAAAUACACACAGAAAUUCCAAUAACUUGCAAGCAUAACUAAAACGCUAAAAGUACCGGCAAAUAAGUAUCGAAAAUCAAGCAAGCCCUCAUUUUUAUUACCACAACAAGCUGAUUAACUAAAAAUAAAAAUCGAAAAAAAAAGAAAAAAGACACACAUAAAUAACCAACAAAAGUGAUUAAAUUUUUAUUUUGAUUUUUUUUUUAAUUUUGGAGUUGUUACCUUUUCUUAUUUAUAACAAAAACCAAUUUAGUAUUCUGAUUUUACAUUUCCAAUUCCAAUUGUUACGAAACGUGUGAAAUGCAAAAAUAAUAAUGACGGCCUUUAGAUUGAACGAAGUGAAAGCAGACGUAUUUCACGUACCGCAAACGUACUCAUUGGCCUACAGUUGUAAUGCUGAUUUUUAUGCAGAAAAAGGUAAAUUGGCAUGGAAGUUUGGCGUCAUAUUUGGCCAACACGAUGAAUUGAGCCGCCAAUAUAUCUGUAGCGGGGAAGUGGCAGUUUUGGAAGAUAAUGCCCGUUUCAUUUAUUCUUUGGUUACCAAAGAUACCAUGUACCAUAAGAGUUCGUAUGAGAAUGUUGAAUCGGCUUUAAUAUGUAUGAGACAUCAUAUGAAAAAUCAUAAUGCCCACAAGGUUGCCAUGCCCCGCAUUUGCAGUGGCAGCGAUGGCUUAAAAUGGUCACGUAUUCGAGAAAUAAUUUUGCGAGUAUUUGCCAAUGAAUAUAAUACAGAAAUUAUGAUUUGUAAUUAUCAACCACCAAAGAUUGUAGAUCCCAAGUGCCGUAUAUUGGAACAAAGAGGUCAUAAUAUCACAGCUCCGGAAAAUUGUGCAUUGGUACAUUCGAUUAGUGCAGACUUUGCCAUGUGCAGUAGUAUAGGCAUGCAAUUCAAUUGUAAAUAUGGACCCUCAAAUGAGACAUUGAAACAAUAUAAACACACCGGAAAUGUGGCGGUGUUAAAAGAACAAAAACGUUAUGUCUAUAAUUUAGUGACCAAAGAACGUAAUCAUGAGAGAAGUACUUAUAUAGCAUUGUUUUAUGCUUUAACUGCUACAAGAGAUCAUAUGCGCCAACAUGGUGUUAAAAAAUUAGCUAUACCACGCUUGGGUUGUGGCAUUGAUCGUCUCGAUUGGCUGCGUGUUAAGAAUAUUUUGGAAAUGGUAUUUGCGGAAGAUGAGGUGGAUAUAACCACAUACUCACAUGAUCCCCUGUUAUCAAUGCCCAGUCGUGAGCAAUUGCAUGUUCAUUGUACAACAUGCAAGCGGGCUUUCUGACAUAAAAGUAAGAAUUCUACGGUAAAGAAUUCUAACAAAAAGACAAUUAACAAUAGUAACAGAGGAAAGAAAUAAAAUGAAAUGAUAUUAAUAUUUAUAAAGUUUUAAGUUUUCCUACACCAUUUCCCAAAGGGAAAACGAUUUUUUAACUUUUAAGAAAUUUUAAACGAAAUAAUGUUGAUAAAAUUUUUACAAAGUUUGCUAUUUAAAAAAUAAUUUUACUUUACUUAAAUUUAUAUUGGAAAUGGUGUUUAAUUAAAUCCCAAAAUAAUUGAGUUUAAUUUCACCGGUAGAAAAAUAUUCAACAAAUGCUAUUUAUUCUAUUGUUUAAAAGACAAAAAAAAUCUCUUUUGUUUUUUAAAUUAUUUUAUUAUAAUAUUAUUAUUAAAAAAUGUUUUUUGUUCAUGGUCAGUGUAUAUUGUAUAUAUUUUUUUUAAAUAAUUAUAAAUAUUACGUUUCCACAAAAAAAAAUUUUUUAUAUAAAAAUGAUGUCACUUUAUUUGUACAAUAUUUAUUAUAUUUAUUUAUACUUUUUUUGCACCUGUAACAAUUAACUAAAUAAAAUAAUAAAAUUAUAGUUAUUUAAACAAAAGUAAUG